AUGAAGAGUAUUGAAGAAUAGGCAAAAUAAUUUUUGGAUAAGAAAGGGUUUACAGUCUAGUAAUAACUAGGUCAAGGAAGUUUUGGAAGAGUUUACAAAGCUUUUAAUUUUAAUUAAAAUUAAGUUGUUGCUAUUAAAGCUAUAUUACCAUGCAUAGGUAAUGAUGUUAGUGAACAAUUUUAAAAAACUUUUUAAGAAUUUUAAAAUUGCAUGAAACUUAAAUCUCAAUAUAUUGUCAAAGUCGAAGAUGUUUUAGUUGAUUUCGAUAAUAAGCUGCUUUUUAUCGUUUAGGAAUACUGUUCUAAUGGCAGCUUAACAGAAUACAUAAAAAAACUUGAAAAAACAGAAAAUAUUUUAAAAUAAAUUUUCAUUUAAAUAUUGAAAGGAGUAAUAGCAAUCCAUGAAUAAAAAAUUAUUCAUUCAGAUUUAAAACCAGAUAAUAUAUUGGUCGAUAAAAACCGUGUUAUUAAAAUAGCUGAUUUUGGAGAAGCUAAACAACUUAGAUAAGAAAAAGGUCAUACACAUACAUAAGGUUAAGGAUGUACUCCUUUUUUUGCUGCUCCAGAGGUAAAUUUUAAUAAUUAAAUCAGUAAAGAAUCUGACUACUAUUCAGUCGGUGCAAUAUUCUGCCUUCUCUGCGACUUGUCUCUUUAAGAUAUGUUAGGAAUUUAAGCUGGAAAAUUUCCUAAAAUAACCAAUCAUAAAUACAAAAAUCUUUUAAUUUUAGCAUUUAAUAUGAUGAAAUAUGAACCUAAAUAAAGAGCUUGUUGCUAAGCAGUGCUAAAUUUAUUGCAGGAUUUAGAUGGCUCCAAUAAAGGUGAAGUAAUAAAAAAAAUAGAAUAAAUGGGGACUGAGUUUAACGAAGAAACUUUAUCGCUAUUAAACAACAAUAACAAAUUACAAAGUUAACAAACCUAAAGUGAAUUACAAUUGCCUAAGAGAGAAAAAACUUUCUUUGAAAAGUUUAUUCUAUUAUUUUAGGUUAUAUAGUCAAUAGUUCCAUUGGGUUUGACUGGAAUUUCUAUUUACUACAUUACUUAAAUAAAUUUAAUAUAUUCACUCCUUUUAUUGAUAACUUGUGCAAAGUUAUUAUUAUCCUUUCCAUGCGACGAUUUGCAUAUUUGCACAAGCGAUUUCGAUGUUGGACUCUGGUCACAAUAAUUAAAUGAUACUAGUAGUAGUAGCUAAUUAUUAAACUUUUGUUCAUAGGAAGAGCCCUAAAGAAGAGAAAAUAUAUAAAACUAUUUUCAAUCUAAAUACAACUAGAGUAUGUCUAUAAAGUAUUAUGAAGACUCUUAAGGUUUUCUUCCUUAUUUUUAUUUAUCUGGUCCUGGUGUUUUUUUUCUCUUGCUUUUAUUCAGAUUGUUAAGAUGGGCUUGUUGUUGUUGCAGUAAGAAAUGA